AUGGAGCUGGUUGAGGGGUCGCCCAGACGGGAGGAGGGCACUUCCACGACGAUGAAAACACGGAAGAGAGCGCAAGCAGCAAGCAUAACUCACCCGGGUCUACGAGGGAACAGGUCUCAGCCGGUCUGUGCGCAGGACUUUCUGAGACCCUCCCGGGGCCCAACUUUCGCCGCUCGGCACCGCGACGCCCUCCCAUCUUCGACGGCAUAUCGCACGUACGGAUGCGCACCCCGACACGCGCUCUCAAGACGCGUCCCCCGCCACGUCCGACGCGUCCGCGUGCGCGGCGGCGGCGCGGGUGGCCUCGAGGUUGUACUGCACGUUCUUGCGUACUUCGUGACCAGGUCCGCGGCUAUCUUCACUUGCGUGUCCGCCUGCACGAUCUCCUGGAGACGGCAGCGCAUCAGGUGGACGAGGGGAGAGAAAGGAAGGGACUCCGGGACGCACCUCGAGGCAGCGGUUGAGCUCGAGGAUCGCCUCUGUGCACUUGUCCGCGUUCUUAAUGAUGCGCUGAAUAGGACGUUCUGGCGCUCUGCGUGCGGGUUCUCCAUCUUCUUUCAGUGUGAGCGUACAGAGCCAGUAUACAAACGGAAAUUCAGCUACAUGAUUCACGUCGCUAGUCCACAAUACAUGGUCGGACAGGAACGGGUGCGGCGCGCCCGGGUACGCCUCCUCCCACUGGCCCUCCAAGCGCUUGCCCCACCGACAAUCCCCCGUCCCGAAGCCCAUACUUACGCGCAGCCGCCGCAAGACGCUCGCCUGCGCGGGGCAGUACACCCACACCUGCAGCGCGCCGCCGUCGCCGCGGCUCCAGUGGACGUAGAGCGUGCCGAUGCACCCGCGCGCGGUGCGCACGCUGUCGGGGGGCCGCGGGAGCCGGCGCAAGGAGGCGCUGCGGUACCAGCGCGUGUGGAGGCCGAAGCCGCGGAUGACGAAGUGGUGCACCUCGACGUUGAAGUCGUGCCUGGGAUGGAAGGGGGGUCGAGUCAGUGCCGAGUACGAGGCGCAGAGGUAGAAGACGGAAAAGGCAAGUUAGGAUGCAAGGUGGAGAGCGCGAGGCGACAGGCCACGAAGGAGCGGCCGCAGCGACGCGCUCACGGUACGACGUACAUACGUGAGGGCAGUACUUACACCCUCGAACUUUGGGGCCUGUCCGCGGGUAGAGCUUCCAUGGGGUCGUCGCGUCGGCCAAAGAGCUCGCAGUCCGCUUCAGGCUCUGAUGCGGUCCUGCGUGGGAGGGGCGUCUGCUGGCGAGAAUGGGGCAAGGGCGUUGUAGGGAGACGGAACGACUGGCGGCGCGGGAGCGGCGGGUACGUUGGGACGGCGCUUGAAGGUGGCAUGACCAGGCUGUCGCGCGCGACGGUGACAGCUCUGGGAUGCGUGGCUGAUACGGGCUCCUCGGAGAGAGAGAGGCGGGACGCGAAUUCGUCAGCGUCGAAGGUCGUGGUGACAUGGACCUUCCGGUUGGCCCAGUCCUGCAUCAGAAGCGUCGAGUCAGCGAGAGGCGGUCGUAGAGGGCGAGGACAACGCACGACUGUUACCGGGAAACGGGUUCUCCAUCGUGGUUUGCAGCCGCAGAGGUGA